GCCGUAUCCCAAGACAUUUCACAAGACUAUAGCGAUCACCUACUUUCUGGACUGUAAUGUCAGUUAAAUCAGAUGGCAUCCAGAAGAAGUGGGCAGCCAUACGGGGUCGCCUUGGCUCCUCACAGGAUGCAGACGUUUCGCAAGAGGCCAACCUGGAGAACGCUGACCCAGAGCUAUGUAUCAGGCUACUUCAGGUACCCACCGUAGUCAACUAUUCAGGCCUGAAGAGGCGGCUGGAGAACAGCGAUCAGACAUGGAUGGUACAGUUUCUAGAACUUUCUGGGCUGGAUCUCCUCCUAGAGGCCUUGGACAGGCUGUCUGGACGGGGCUGCUCACGAAUAGCGGAUGCCCUGCUUCAGCUUACCUGUGUCAACUGUGUCCGUGCAGUCAUGAACUCAUCGACAGGGAUCCACUACAUCAUGGAGAAUGAGGGUUAUGUUCGCAAACUCUCUCAAGCUUUGGAUACUUCCAAUACUAUGGUAAAGAAGCAAGUGUUUGAUCUACUGGCUGCUUUAAGCAUGUUCUCCUCAGAUGGACACAGAUUAGCCCUGGAUGCCUUGGAUCACUAUAAGGCAAUGAAAAUGCAGCAGUACCGAUUCAGUGUUAUCAUGAAUGAGUUGCAAGCCACAGAUAAUGUACCCUAUAUGGUCACUCUUCUUAGUGUCAUCAACGCCAUCAUUUUUGGCACCAGCGACCUUCGAAAGCGUGACAAAAUUCGCAAGGAGUUCAUAGGGCUUCAUGUGCUUGAUGUAUUACCGACUUUGAGGUAA